CAGAUGCAUGGUAUUUCACAAACCACAAGUUCCACCAUUGCUUGUGGUGCUUUAGCUUUUCAAAUAUGCGGAGCAUGGUGAAGAUAUUGCUGUGGGCCUGGAUGUUCCUGGACUGGGGUGUGUGCUCGGUCUUGCUGCCAGAAAUCACUGAUGGGAAGUUCAUUGAAGAAUGCAUAAGAGAACACAACAGGGCACGAUCAUCUGUCACUCCACCUGCAAACAAAAUGUUCUACAUGACAUGGGAUGAGGGCUUGGCCAUUACUGCAAGAGCAUGGGCAAAGUACUGUGUGUUUGAACAUAACAUCCACCUUAAGGAUACCCGCCGUAUGCACCCUACUUUCUCCUCGGUAGGAGAGAACAUAUGGGUAGGCUACCCACCAUCAUCCUUCAGUGUGAAGAUAGCCAUCGAAAACUGGGUGAAUGAAAAGCAAGUCUACAACUACGAUAAAAAUACCUGCAGUAAAGUCUGUGGCCACUAUACACAGGUUGUUUGGGCAAGCAGCUACAAAGUUGGCUGUGCCACUCAGCUGUGCCCAAAUGGUAUCAGAGAGUUUUCUCCGAACGAGGGUGCUAUUUUUGUAUGCAACUAUGCACCAGCGGGCAAUAUCGAUGGAAGGAAACCAUAUGACUCUGAAGGGGCAGUCUGCGCUCAAUGCAAUGGUCCCUGUGUGGACAGUCUUUGCCGUAACACGGAACGAGAUUCACACAAAAGCUACAACUGGACACCAGACUGGGACCCUUCCCCAUCUACCACUGGUUCUAGCUAUGUGUCUGUUCUGAUUGUUGCCAUCAUUCGGCCUAUUGCCCUCAUCUUCACCUUCAUUACAGCAUAUGUUGUCCAGUACCAUUACCCCAAUGUCUUCUGCUAUGAAUAAAGCUCCUGAUUUGACCUGAAAAACAUGAACAUAUUCAGCUAUCAUUUUGUGUCUAUAACUAGCUUUUAUGGGCCAAAUGAGCUGUAAAGAAACACACUGCACAUGCAGAAAACGGCAACAAUAUGGGUCCACUGUUUUGCUGAAGCCACAAUUGUGUAACAAGUCCGUGUUGUGAUCUGAUCUGACUAUGCAAAAAUGAAGCCAAAAUAUCAUGAAUAUGGUGCUUUGACACUUUUGCUUUUCUGAUGCAUUAUGGAACCAGAUUCUGUGCAGAGGUGAGUUGUGGUAUCAGGCUGCCAAACAAAACUAAAGGCAGAGACACACCAUCAAGCCGUCAGUAAGCAUCUGUCAAGGCUUGUCUUUCCGGUGUGUCUUGCACCACAGGCACUAGUUAGCCACUGUCAGUAGCUUUUCAACUGAUUCAACAUGUUGAAUCAGCGUUGCCCGUUGGGCUUCAUCGGUGAGAGAGAGCUGUUGAUCUUAGCAAAUCAAUAUACGAGAAAAGAACGGUUCUGCAAAGCCUCUGUAGCAGCCAUGAUUUCAUACAGAGUGGUUUCUCCUUGUCUUUUGCAUCCACAAUGUCAUUUCUUCUUCCACAAUCAAAAGACCAAGAGCAGAGAAUGGCAUUUGUCAUUUGCAACUUGUCAGUCAUAUUCUCAAUAAGCAGCUAUUUUAAACAAGGGGUGCUUUGUUUAUAGCUUAUGCUUCCACAGUAUAGCUCUUCUUCUUUCCCUUUCUGAAUGGCAAAUACAGAUACCAACACCUGCUGGGAAGGAGUUAUUUAUGUCACACAGGUACAGAACCUACAUGCUAGUUGUACAUUGGCUGUAGAGUCUGUACAUCGUGUUCAAGUGCCGCUUUUUCAACCUGACUGGCCCAGACAAAGCUGACGCAGCAGUCGGCCUUCGGUGGCACUAGUUCUUUCAUGUCCGCUUGGUGCGCCCCUGCCCUAAAUUCCAGUUUAAUGUAUUUUUCAUUUUAAGUUCACAUUUCUAUCUGAUUCAAUUGGAC